AUGGCGGACGAAAUCUACGAGCUUGAUGUGCCUGGCACCGAACAACUCGUUGAUGUGCAUCAUACACUGCAAGCAGCGCACGUGGGUGGAACCAGCGACAUCGUCCUUAUCCCUCAACCAACGGGUGCUGGUGGUGACCCUCUAAGAUGGGGUCGCUGGAAGAAGUAUUACCAACUCUUCCUACUCGCACUAUAUGCGUGUGCGUUUUCAUUUGGGGAAAACACCCUCGGAGCUGCUUGGACCACCGUCUCCGAAGAAACGGGGGUCAGCCUGACCAACAUGAAUGGUGGAAGUGCCCUCAACUAUCUCCUGUUGGGGUUUGUCAACAUCUUUUGGAUCCCCACGGCUAUGAAAAUUGGUCGACGGCCAGUCUUCCUGGCUACCACUACCAUCUGUAUGGCCGCUGGCGUCUGGCUUGGGAAAGUCAACGGAACCGCAUCGUGGAUGUUGAGUAUGACACUCAACGGAGUCGGCACCGCGGCUUACCAAGCUGUCAUACAGUUGAGUGUCUUUGACAUGUUCUUUGUCCACCAACGAGGACGGAUGUUGUCGGUAUAUCUCUUUGGACAGCAACUGGGCAGCAUUCUGGGGCUCAUCAGCGGUGGUAGCAUUGCAGAUGGUCCUGGCUGGCGAUGGUCCCAAUACAUUGUUGCCAUCAUCGACGCCAGCGUGCUUGUUCUUCUUCUCCUGACUUUCGAGGAAACAAUGUUCCCACGCUUUUUGUUCGGCAAAAUCGCCAGUGCUGGUGCUGUCACUCGAUCCAGGGGUUUCCUGCAGGCUUCUGAUAGCAAAGCUCCCGUCGACACCUUGACGCAGAGCCAGAGUCCUAGCGAGAUCGAACACGACACCACCUUGGAGGCGCAGUUUCCCCAGCGAACCUACUUGGAGAAGCUGAAGCUCUGGGUCUACUACCCCCAAGAUCGGACUACGUACUGGCAAUACUUCCGGAGGCCUUUUGUGCUGUUCACCUUUCCCAAUGUGGUCAUCGCCGGGGUUAUUUUUGCCUUUGGUUGCACCGCUGGCAUUGUCAGUUUCAACACCAUCUCUGAGAUUCUUACCGAAGCGCCCUAUAACUGGUCGACGACCUCGACGGGUUUGAUCUUCUUUGCCGCUCUAGUGGGUAACUUUGUUGGAUGGGCCACUGGCGUGCUCGGCGACCACGUCGUGAUCUUUUGUGCUCGACGCAACUCGGGAGUGAAGGAGCCCGAAAUGAGACUGUGGACUCUUUGUUUAUCCUUUAUCUACGCAGCCCUCGGGUAUCAACUGUAUGGUUGGGGGGCUGAAUUUGGACUCCACUGGAUGACCAUUGGCUUUGGGGUGGGCUGUAUGAUUGCUCACCAAGUCUCUGCCUGCUCAAUUGCCACUGCGUACGCCAUGGAAUGCUUCCCGGGGAUUGCGGGAGAACUGGUGGUGGUACUGGCCAUCUGUUCGUCUUGCAUCAACUUUGCCAUCUCUUACUCGGUCCAGCCCUUUAUUAAUGCGGCAGGUUACGGAUAUACGUUCCUUUUCUUUGGACUGUGUGUUCUGACAUCCAUGGCUGCGGCUGUACCAACCUACAUUUAUGGAAAGAGAUGGCGACAGCUGAGAGCACCACGCUGGAGGAAGUGGUUAGCGGAAAGGGAUGCUUGA